GUUUGCGUUUCACUUAUGGCGUGCAAGCAAAGCUAAAAAAAAAAAAAAAUAGAGAGAGAGAUUAAAAACAAAAGGAAUCCAAAGCAAUAAUAAUGGUUUUGUUUGUUUUUGCUUUGCAAAUAAAAUUAUAAAAAAGGAAAAAGGAAAAAAAACGAGGCGUAACAGGAAGGAAGGAGAAGAAGCAGGGGUCCAUCAUCAUCAAAAACAACAUUGCAGCAAUUGCGUUUUCUCCAAAUUAAUCGACUUUCAGAGAUAUUUUCCCAUAGAGAUGGUUUCGAAGCUAACAAGUUGACAAAUUCUUCGUUAAGUGAUAAGAGAGAAAGAGAGAUAGAGGGAUGAGUUGGAGGAGAGUGCUCAAGUCGAUACAAGCCUUGGCGGCUCAUAGCUUACUCUUCAGUUUCACGCUCUUAUUGGUGCUUAAGCUUGAUCACACCGUCUCUUCCUCAUGGUGGAUGGUGUUUUUCCCGCUGUGGGCUUUUCAUGCAGUUGUUGCAAGGGGAAGAUUCUCUCUUCCUGCUCCUGUUGCUCCACGUAACCGUCAUUGGGCUCCUUGCCAUGCUGUUGUCGCUACACCGUUGCUUGUAGCAUUCGAAUUACUCCUCUGUAUAUACCUCGAGAGUUCUUAUGCUCGUUGGCCACCAGCUGUGAGUCUGAAGAUUGCAUUUGUACCGUUAUUUGCAUUUGAAUUAACGAUACUGGUGGACAAUUUGAGAAUGUGUCGAGCAUUGAUGCCAGGCGACGACGACAGCAUAACUGAUGAUGCAAUAUGGGAGGCACUUCCUCAUUUCUGGGUUGCAAUUUCCAUGGUGUUCACGUUGGCUGCUACGUUUUUUACCCUCCUAAAGCUUUCUGGCGAUGUAGUUGCUCUUGGAUGGUGGGAUUUAUUCAUAAAUUUUGGAAUUGCCGAGUGCUUUGCUUUUCUUGUUUGCACAAAAUGGUCCAACCCAGUAAUCCAUAGAAGCUCACGUGCCCGAGAAACCGGGUCAUCUUCUACCACUAUCAGAUAUCUUGACUGGAACAGUGGCCUUGUGGUUGCUCCAGAAGAGGAUAGGCACCAAGAUAGAUGGUGCGGUUUGCAAGAUAUUGGUGGUCAUAUGUUAAAAAUUCCCGUUAUUGUAUUUCAAGUUGUUCUUUGCAUGUAUCUAGAGGGGACUCCUGAAAGAGCUAAGGAUAUAUCCAUUCCAUUACUCUUCUCUCCACUAUUUCUAUUGCAAGGCCUCGGUGUUCUCUUUGCUGCUUCUAAACUCAUAGAGAAGAUCGUUCUCUUACUGCGCGGGGAAGCUGGUCCAGGAUUGUAUUUUAGAUUUUCAUCAAGUGCCCAUGAUUGCUUGGGAUUUUUGCACCAUGGUUCCAGGCUAUUAGGUUGGUGGUCGAUUGACGAAGGAAGCCGGGAGGAACAAGCUCGACUGUACUUUGAUCAAGAAUCUGGUUACAAUACAUUCAGUGGUCAUCCGCCUGAGGUAGUCAAGAAAAUGCCAAAGGAAGAUCUUGCUGAAGAGGUAUGGAGACUUCAAGCAGCACUUGGUGAACAAACAGAAAUCACAAAAUUCAGCCAGCAAGAAUAUGAAAGACUGCAAAAUGAGAAAGUGCUGUGUAGGGUUUGCUUUGAAAAAGAAAUCAGUUUGGUACUGCUUCCAUGUAGACACCGUGUUCUCUGCAGAGUCUGUGCAGACAAGUGUACAACGUGCCCAAUAUGUCGUAUAGACAUUGAAAAACGACUAUCUGUAUACGACGUUUGACUGUGUUAACUUUGGCCCAUGUUCGAGAGUAGGAUUUGAGGUUGAUGCUCCAGACAAACAUUCCAUUUUACCAUACUGUUUCCCAAACUUCUGAUGUUUUUGCUGAAUCUUUUUAUUUGUCUGAAUCAGCAUCAAGUAUAAAAAAGUAUAGGUGUAUACAUAUAUGUAUAUGUAUUUUUCUGUAGAAAACCUCAUACAAACUUUAGCUGUAACAUACAAAGUUUGUAUAAUAUCCCUCUCUUUUUGUGUAUAAAUCAGUCACUAAGUUCUGCUUUUCA